GGUCCACGUGGGACCUCCCGUUCGAAGCGCAAUCCUCAAGUCAAACACCUUAACAAUGGAGAAACGACACCGUUUUACGCUUUCAUAACCUGUCUUCGUCGUAAUCUCCGUUCCAUUCAUAAACCCCUUCUUAAUUCUCACAAGUUGAAUCGCGCACGCUUUUUUGAUGUUCUUUAUUAAUAAAGAUUGAAAAAAAUUGAACCCAGUUUUCUUGAUUUUGUAUGGGAAAAUCGCUUGCCGCCGCUUCAAUUACAAUUCACAACUGUUUAGCGACGACCAAGAAUCUAAAACCCUCGAAACCCACGCCGCGAUUUUUGCGAAAGCAACAGCAGAAGGAGAAAUUAAAGAUGGAGGCGAAUUCUGAUGUUCAAAUCAAUGGUGUUAGUAGUAGCAGUAGCGGCGGCGGAGACGGCGGAGGAGGGAAUAGUAAUAAUAACUUGCGGUUGCCGCUAUCGGAAGUUGUGGCGGAUUGCGUAAAGAGAUGGUUUAAAGAUACGCUUAAAGAAGCGAAAAAUGGGGAUAUUAAUAUGCAGGUUUUAGUGGGUCAAAUGUAUUAUAGUGGCUAUGGUAUCCCUAGAGAUGAACAAAAGGGAAGAAUUUGGAUAUCAAAAGCAUCAAGAACUAGGUCUUCAGUUUGGAAACUUAGCGAUAAGCGUCCAGGCUAUAAUGCGAGUGACUCAGACUCAGAUGAAGUAAAGGGCGAUUCUCAAUAAAAGCAGAUUGGAUAUUAUAGCCCUAAUCAAUUUUAAUGGAUGUUGCUGUUUCAUUUCUUCCCCCGGAUUUAUGUGAUUGUAACAACAAUCUGUGUUCUUUCCCCUCACCUUCUUGUUUGGUUUAUACUCCUAGCCGAUUUAGUUUUUGUAAGAUUCUUUGUUGUGUUCAUGCUGUUUACUAUCAUAGAAUAACUUGUAAAUUGCACCUCAGGCAAAAGUCUCUAUUUUAACAUUGGCGUUCUAGUUCAUUAUUUUUUUUGUUCAAAAUGUUCAAUUAACUAAAGAUUGGCAUCUAGUUUCAUUAA